AAUUUCCGUUUUUGGGUUUCCAACAAGUUCAACAAACACCCAACGCCUUCUCACAAAUGUCUCAACUUCAACAACUUCAACAAUAUCAAGCGCUCCAACAAUUCAUGCAACGCAACACGUUUGAACAACUCCAAUCGCAAUCGCAACCCCCGGUUCAACUUGAAGAUGAUGAUGAAGAAGUCGUCCCCGAAUCACCACCGCAAGAGCUCACGCGAAAAAAAAACAAGGGGAAGGGAAAGAAGGUUGUUGAACCCGAAACCGCGGAAAAACCGAAACGAAGUGGGAGACCUUGGACGAAAGUAGAAGAGGAGGCGCUAGCUAUGGCGUAUGUUAAGGCUUCUACUUGCCCGAUAGUCGGAAACAACCAAUCGGGUACUAGUUUUUGGAGGAAGACAACGGAGAGGUUUAACGCGAUUAUGGAGCAUGGUCCGGCUCGUGAUAUCGAAUCCGUCUCGGCCAAGUGGCGAAAAAUGAUCAAGGUCGUCAACGCCUUUAAUCAAAUUUAUAACCAAAUUUACCUUAAUCCUCCAAGCGGGAGUAACGAGGCGGACAUUCUUAACCUUGCUAUCGCCAAGUGGGACUCUGAAAAUUCAACGCCUUUCCCGCACUUCCGAGCAUGGAAAGUUGUAAGUAAAGAACAAAAAUGGAAGCCGAUUCCAAAUGAGGUCGCAACGGCCAAACGCACUAAAACUUCCGAGUCCGGAAGUUAUAGUGCGGGAGGCUCCACCGCUCGAUGUCAAAUCGACAUAAACGACGACCCGGAAGAUGACGAGGAUGUCUUGCCCGUUCACGAGUCGGAACGUCCCCCCGGGAGGGACAAAGCAAAAAAAGAAGCGGCCGCAAAGCGAAAAGUGGCCGGCUCGAGUGGAGGUGGCGGCUCGAGUGGAGGUAGGGGCGAAAAGGCAUCGUCAAAAAUGGACGACUUGAUAAGCGAAUUCCGUUCGUUCAAACAGUUCGCGGCCGAAAAGUAUUCUCACAAGAAAAACGUGUCGUCCGACUAUGCUCGAGCGGAAGAUUUUAGGAUUAUGCGAUUGGAUCUCGACUCGGUUCCGGAGGAUGAACGCGAGGUUUAUCGGAGGAUGAAAGAAGAGGUGAAAAAAAAAUGGACGUCGUAGAUUUUAUUGUUU